AUGACAGUUCUUCGAAAUACCGCAUUGACCGGACAGGAUGACGACCAACGAUUUCGUGUGAAAAACAGCUCCUUCAGUUUCCAUCGACAGUAUACACAGAUUUACACUGCCCGAUUGGCGUCCCUCAAACCACUCUUGGUUCUCGGUUCUGCAAAGAAAUGGAAUAGUACUACGGAUGAAUCAAAUGGUUCUGAUCAGCCACCGAUUCGAUCUUUAGCAGAUUUAGAAGCGGAUCAGCGUUGUGUCAUCAUCGGAACGACAUACAAAGUGAGUGAUUGCAAAUAUAUGCGUUACUUAUUCAUGUGGUCUACAAGAAUCAAAGUAUACCUGUUAAUUUAA